AUGGAAAAAUACUACACAAAAGUAUUUACUUCAGCACCUGAAACUAGUGUCGAUGAUUUGUCACCUAAAUCCAGUGAAAGGAAAGACAAAAGAAAAUCUCCUCCAGUACUUGAUACUGAUAUCGAUGAUUUGCCAUCUGACCCUGGUGAAAGGAAAGACAUAAUGGAUUAUCCUGCAAAUCAAAGAGACGAGGUUAGACGUAGAUAUCUAACUAAGGAUCCAUGUCAACCUUAUGGUCAUAACUUUAAACAAAUAUCAAAAGAAAGUGGAACAAGAAGAUUCAAUCGAGCUUGGUUUGAUCAGUAUGGUAGUUGGCUAGAGUAUAGCAUAUCUAAAGAAAGUGCAUUUUGCUUAUAUUGCUACUUAUUUAAAGAUGAGGUACGAAUGCAAGGUGGAAGUGAUGCAUUUAUGAAAGAAGGAUUUAACAAUUGGAAAAAGCCAGAGAGAUUGCUUACUCAUAUGGAUAAACCACCCAGCAGUUGCCACAUUAUUGCGGCUCAGAAAUGUGAGGAUUUGAUGAAUCAACAUCAAUCUAUAUUACAUGCUCUGUUUAAGCAAGAUGACAAGGCGGAAAAUGAGUAUCAUAUUCGCUUAAAUGCUUCGAUUGAUGCUUCAAGAUUCUUGUUACGACAAGGAUUACCUUUUCGUGGCCAUGGUGAGAAAGAAGCGGAUGCAAACAAAGGAAAUUUUUUGGAGCUUUUGAAAUACACAGGAAAACAUAAUGAGGCUAUAAGUAAGGUUAUUCUUAAAAAUGCUCCAGGAAAUAACCAGAUGAUUUCUUCCAAGAUUCAAAAAGAUAUUGUCUAUUCCUUUGCAGAAGAAGUACGACAAGCUAUUUUAGAAGAAAUCGAUCAUGGUGUGUUUGGUUUGCUGGUUGAUGAGUCUGCUGAUGUUUCUCAUAAAGAGCAGAUGGGUGUUGUUUUUCGAUUUGUUGAUAAAAGUGGAGCAAUCAAAGAACGGUUUAUUGAAGUUGUUCAUGUAAAAGAAACAUCUUCAAUAAUUCUGAAAUAUGCUAUAGAUGAAUUGUUUGCUAGAUAA